AGGGAACACACCAAUGGUGUACUUUAAUAAUAUUGUAAAAGGCUGUGUUGCAAAUAUUGCUGCCAAACUUGAGAUUAUGGAGCCAUGCUGCAGUGUAAAGGACAUGGUAGGAUUCAGUAUGAUAAAUGAUGCUGAGGAGAAGGGACUUAUAUCUCCGGAAAAGAUUGUCUUGGUGGAACCCACAAGUGGUAAUACUGGUAUUGGACUAGCCUUUAUUGCUGCUUCAAAAGGCUACAAACUCAUCUUAACAAUGUCGGCAUCCAUGAGUCUUGAAAGAAAAGUUAUUUUGAAAGCUUUUGGUGCCGAUCUGGUUUUAAUGGAUCCAGCAAAGGGAAUGAUAGGUGUUGUUCAGAAAGCUGGAGCAAUAUUGAAUAACACACCUGGUGCCUAUAUGAUUCAACAGUUUGAUAAUCAUGUGAAUCCAAUGAAACAACUGGUCCAGAGAUUUGGGAAGACGCAAAAGGAAAGGUUGACAUACUUGUUGCAGGGAUUGGUACUGGUGGAACCAUUUCUGGUGCAGGGCGAUUUUUCAAACAGCAAAAUCCUAACAUUGAGAUCAUUGGUGUGGAGCCUGCACAAAUCAAAGUAUUAUCUGGUGGAAAGUCUGGCCCUCACAAAAAUCAAGGGAUUGGAGCAGGUUUUAUUCCAAAAACUUUAGAUCAAGAUGUUAUGGAUGAAGUUAUAGAGAUAUCAGAUGAUGAAGUUAUUGAAGUUGCAAAGCAAUUAGCACUUAGAGAAGGAUUGCUGGUGGCCUUUUCCUCUGGAGCAGCUGCGAUGAAGGUUGCUAAGAGACCUGAGAAUGCUGGAAAGCUCAUUGCGGUUGUUUUCCCUAGCUUUGGAGAGAGGUACCUGUCAUCUGUACUUUUUCAAUCAAUUCGGGAGGAAUGUGAAAAGCAGCAACCAGAGAUAUGAGCAAAGUGUACAAGCCUUUUUCAUCAUGCAGUAAUUUUCUG